UCUGUCGCUCUGGAUCUCCGUUAAGGGCCGCAGUAUUUACAGAACCUGAACAUUAAACGAUGGACUGUAUUAACAGCUGGAGGACACCUCGCUGAUUCCUGCUCAGGAGUUCGGUGGUUCCGAAGCUUCGCGGCUCUAAUUGGGCCGCUGCGUCGUUAAAGUCCAGUUUUCCUCUGCAGCGUCAUCUGGACCGUUAAACAGAUGUAACCGGAUCAUCUGAUGAUCGUACGCAUCCCAACAGGAGAACUACGCACUUUUAAGCGCCUGCCCGGUCCUAUAGCGGAAUAAUUAAAAACGAUGAGCUCCAGGCGGGCCGGGUACGCGGCUAGCAUGGACGCCUCCCAGUCUAACGCUGGAAGCCGCAAACAGAGCAUCAUCAACAUCCCGGACAGGAUGGACACCAAAGCGGCGUACGGAGCCUCUCAGGGCGGCAUGACGGUUACCUCGCUGAAGUCCCGCCUGGCUCCGACCAUCCAGACCGCCAUGUCCGCCGCUGUUGACACUCUGCUGGGAGAGGUGGUGAUCGUGCUGAACGAGACCCAGCAGGAGCUUCUGCACAAGGAGCAGGAGAACCAGAGGCUGAAGGUUCGGCUGGAGGUGUCCGAGCGGGAGCUGAAGACCUUACAGGAGUGUCUGUGCAGCGCUCAGAAGCUCAUAGACCAGCUGCAGGUCUCCUACACGGGCCCCCAGCAGGUCAGCCAGUCGGUGUUUGCCCCCUCACUCUCUGCCAUGGCCUCUUUGACGCCGGGAUUGGACCGAGAGCACCAGAACCAAAGGAAUGUGAACGGGGCUGGCGUGGAUCUGGGUCUUGGAGGCUCCGUGGAUGAAUCUCUUCAAGGCUUUGAACCGAGAGAUGAAUACAAAAUGUGCCAGCUGUCAAUCCAGCCAGAUGGCUCUGUGACCAGCCACACUCUGGACUCCUUCUCACCCAGCUCCUCUCACAUGUGCUCAGAUACCAGAGGAUCAGAUGAGAGGCAGCCCCAGGGUCCCAGUGGAGCACCCAGAUUCGAGAUCAAAGAGGAACAGGGACUUCCUUCAGGUUCUGGUCAGCCUAACAGGAAGGACAGCCGAGAUGGAGACGGAUCAUCCCUUAACGUAGGGGACAUCGCUUACGGCCAGGUUGGAGGUGAAGGAGGUGCUCAGCGGUCGUUCUCCAACCAGCUUCGUCACCAAAGACUCAGCCGUGAAUGUGGGGGGCCCCCCCAACAGCAGGGAGGUCUCAACGAACAGAAACCUUUGCCCAGGACUUUUGUUGCGGGCAGAAGUGACACAGUUUCAACAGGCAGAGCUGAGGAGUCUGCUGGCCCUUCUGCCCCCGACAACGCCACGGAGCCCUCCAUCGACCGGCCUCACCGCUGCUUGGAGUGUGGCAAGACCUUCCGUCUGAUCUCCAGCCUGAAGAAGCACAUCCGCAUCCACACGGGCGAGAAGCCGUACCCAUGCGCAGUCUGCGGCCGUCGCUUCCGUGAAUCCGGAGCGCUCAAAACGCACCUGCGCAUACACACCGGGGAGAAGCCGUACUCAUGCUCUGAGUGCGGCAACUGCUUCCGCCACCUGGACGGUCUGCGCAAACACAGGCGCACGCACACAGGCGAGAAACCCUAUGUGUGCGCCAUCUGCGGGAAGCGUCUGAGUCGCCUGCAGCACCUUAAACACCACCAGCUGAUCCACACAGGGGAGAGGCCCUGCUGCUGCCCCUUCUGCAACCGCACCUUUAAGGAGCCAGCGGCCCUGAGGAAGCACGUCCGGACGCACCGUGACGAAGGAGGCCACAUGGCCAUCGGCCCCAUCGAGGAAACGGACCCAGAGGUCAUGGAUGACAUCCACAACCUCCACCCUGCUGCUCCCUCUCCUCAGAUGCGGUUCGAGGACUGGGGGCCCGAAGAGGAGGACGGCUCUGCUCAGGACUGUGUUUAGGGACCAGUGAAGAAGUGAUGACUGUGUUUGGAGAAAGACAAAGAAAGCACGGUAGAUAACAGACAUGUUUUUGUUCCAGUCUGCUCCUGACCUGGUUUGACAUCAGACUUUCAUGUUUCAUUUGGUUCCAUCUAAUAUUGGAUGGAUUUAUGGAGACCAACUAUCAGAAAUCACCUCUGGAUGCAGUUAACUUUAUAAACAGUCAGAACCCUGUGCGUUUGAAACAAAAUCCAGCUUCACAACACAUGUCAUCUAAAGACACUUUGCAGAGACAAUUCAACCAGAUCAUACAGUCAGACUGAUCAGAUGUUUCUAGAUAAGAAAAACCAGUUGAUUGCAUCGACUCAUUGACUCUAAGGCAAUCCCUUAGAAAUGUCUUGUUGUUUUUUAUUGUCUAGCACUGCAAUUAAUUUUUUCUAGGAUUCAAUAGAAAGUAAAUAUAGUCAACAAAUUCCACCUUUAUAGGCAAUAUAAAGGUAGAAUUUGUUAUAUACAGGUAAAA